UCACCAGCUGAUCUUGGGAAAGUCAUAUAACCUCCUUAAGGAAGGAAAUCCAAACUUGAGAAGCCUUCCUCCAUCACAUCUGCAAAUUGCAUUUUGCAUCUAUUGGUUUUUGAAUCACGACCAGGUCUAUACUAGAAAAGGGUUGAGAACUUUUCGCAAAGUUUGUUUGGGACAGUCCGGGAUUGGGAGCAGCCGCGGCGCAGCGCAAAGCGCCUUGUGCGUCAGGCUUAGGCAGCCUGGAUUGCGAGGAUGUGAGGACAGAGUCACCCCCGGCCUUCAAAUUCGCCUUUGCAGCGCGGUGCCAGCGCAGAAGAAGCAAAGUCCUGAUCCUGCCCGCCUCUGUGCUGCUGGGGGAGGAGGAGGCGGAGAGCGAGCGACUCCGGCCCGGAUCCGGACACUGGUGGCAGAUAGAACGUUCGCUGGGUCCCCACGUUCGGAUUCGGAACGUCCCAGACCCCCGUCCCCCGCGUGCCUUGCUCCCCGUUGGAAUCCGGACAGCAGCCAGCUCUCGCCCGGUGACAGCCGCGAGAACUCUUCCUUCGCCCUUUAAAGGAGCCCCCUCCUCCUCCUCCUCCUCCCAGGGAAUUGCAGCAAGUAGCCAGAGUUUCAGAGAAAGUUGCAUAACUUUGCGUGGGGACUGACUCGGAUGCACUCGAUCGUGCGAGAUACAGAUUCGUGUUUGAGGGGACUGGCUCGGACCCCUUGCUUGGUCUGUUGCUGAGUGUCCGACGCCGGGCACUCCAGGGAGGGGUGCAGUGACGUUUUGUGGGGGGCUGGUUUGAAGUAUCUUUAUCUGCUGCUGAUCGCCCAGGCCCUUGUAGGAUACAGGCAUUUGGGAGGCACUACCUGCACCCCUCAUUCGCUGAUUGCCCAUCCCCUCGUUUGUGGGGGUGCUUCCUGGGACCCCCCCCCAUUCACUGCUGACUGCCCGCCCCUUGACAGGAUACAGACGCGUUUUUAGGGGAGAUCUGCCCUGAUCCCUGAUCCGCUGCUGAUUCUUUGCCUCCCGUUGGGAAGUUUGUUGCAUUGAGCUAGUGCUGCGGUGCAGAAGAUGAACCCUGCUCCCGUCCCUCCGCCUCCGGGGCAGCAAGUGAUCCAUGUCACCCAGGACCUGGACACGGAGCUCGAAGCGCUCUUCAACACGGUCAUGAACCCCAAGCCCAGCUCCUGGAGGAAGAAGAUCCUGCCCGAGUCCUUCUUCAAGGAGCCCGACUCGGGCUCGCACUCCCGCCAGUCCAGCACUGACUCAGGCAGCCACCCGCCCCGGCUGAGCGUCGCUGGUGCCCAGCACGUCCGCUCGCACUCCUCGCCCGCCUCGCUGCUAGGCGCCGGGGCCGGGGCCACCCCCAGCCCGGCUCAGCAGCACGCUCACCUCCGCCAGCAGUCCUACGACGUGACCGACGAGCUGCCGCUGCCGCCCGGCUGGGAGAUGGCCCUCACCCACACGGGCCAGAGAUACUUCCUCAAUCAUAUUGAAAAAAUUACGACAUGGCAAGACCCUCGAAAGACCAUGAAUCAGCCACUGAAUCAUAUGAACCAUCACCCUGCAGCGACUUCGACACCAGUGCCGCAAAGAUCAAUGGCAAUGUCCCAGCCAAAUCUGGUAAUGAAUCACCAACACCAGCAACAAAUGACACCAAGUACAACCAUGUCCCAGCAGAGCCAUCCUACCCAGAACCCUCAAGGUGGGUUGUUGAACAUGCCCAAUGCACUGACUACCCAGCAGCAGCAGCAACAGAAGCUGAGGCUUCAAAGGAUCCAAAUGGAAAGGGAGAGAAUUAGGAUGCGCCAGGAGGAGCUCCUGCGACAGGAAGCUGCACUAUGCAGACAACUUCCCAUGGAAUCAGAGAAUAUGGCCCCAGUUCAGACUCCUGUGAACACACCUGCCAUGACACAAGACAUGAGGACUAUUACAAAUAAUGGAUCGGAUCCUUUCCUGAACAGUGGGCCAUACCAUUCCAGGGAACAGAGCACAGACAGUGGCCUAGGCUUAGGAUGCUACAGUAUACCAACAACACCUGAAGAUUUCCUCAGCAAUGUAGAUGAGAUGGACACAGGCGAAACUGUGGCACAGACUCCCAUGAAUGUAAGUUCGCAACAGACACGUUUCCCUGAUUUCCUCGACUGUCUUCCAGGAACAAAUGUAGACCUUGGGACUUUAGAGUCUGAAGACCUGAUCCCUAUCCUCAAUGAUGUGGAGUCUGUACUCAACAAGAGUGAGCCGUUCCUCACUUGGCUGUAAUUAAUAAUCACUCAAUGCUGAUUCAGCCCUUACUACAAGCCAACAUUUCCUUUCCCUCUUGAAAUAGAGGUAGAGCAUCUGAAAAUCUUCAGAUAUACACUUGCUGCCUUAAUGACUUGCUAUAUCACCUUUAUGGUCAAUUUAACCUGUGCCUGAAUUUGAUUGACAGUAAUUUAAAUAUAAAAUAUAUAUUUCUUUCUGUUUUUCAAGAACUGCUUCUACACAUCUGUAACCUGUGUUUCCUUUACAGAUCAAAUAGAAGUGUUUCUUUUUGGGGGGAUGGGAAUCGCAGAUGGGCAGAGUAUGGGAUAGAGAUCUGUGUCCAUGAUUAAACUCAUGGGCUCUCAGUUAAAAUUACGACUCGUAAUGAACAAAAAAAGCUGACCACACAUAGGCAGCUUGGUUCAAAAAAAUCUGCACAGAAUCAGACCACAAGUGCAGUUUUAUAAUUAUAUUUAUGACAAUAGUACCAAAUGCUUUUUUAUCUAUUUAACUUGAGCUUUGAGCUUUAAAAUCAUUGUAUUAUUAGUAAGAUUGUGCAGUAUGGAAUACAGAAUAAUUCUGAUUCCAGAGCAACUAUAAUAAUCCUUAUUAUACAUUUGCAAAGGCACAAACCGUACUAUUGCAGUUUAUUUUUCAGUAUAUUACUGUAUAGCUUCCAGAUAAAUACUUCCAAUUUGAAAGUAGCUGAGUGGCUCAGUAACAGUUUUACACUACAAUAAUAUUGUAAAAUAACCAGAUUGGUACUAACCACUGCGUUAAAAAAAUCAUAAACAUGUCAUUUUAAAAAAAUGCAUCUUAGAUUUUGAUGUUUAUUUUAUUAAGCACUACAAUUUUAUAACUAAAUACAUGAACACAUUUUUUUAAAUAAAUCUGUGGCAACUCUAUUUUUGACAACUGCAAAAAUAUACUUAAAAAUCAGGACAGAAGAGUGGCACAACUUGACAAUACCAUAAGCAGUUAAAAAAAAAUAGCCUUGUUCUUCUUGUUUUCAGUAGUAGUGUUUUUUAACUGACAAUAUCAAUGAAACUGUACAGGUCACUGAAUACUUGUAAACAGAUGGUCACUUUAUCAGAUCAGUGAUAACCAGGCAGGUGCUCGUAUGUCUGGUAAAGUUGCUAAAAUCCUAAUCCUUGUUGCUUGCUAGAGUUGGUAUACAAGACACAUGGCAUACUAUCCUGUAUAUUCAUAUCUACUGUAUAUCCUAUAAAGGUUUCUUUUUCAAAUGUUUGGGGCUGAGAAAGCAUCAAGGACACAAAGCAUGCAAAGUUUCCCUGAAAUGCAAAUGAAGUCCUGAAAUUCUUAAGUAUUUUGAAUUUAUUAUUUAUAAUCUAUGAAUUUAAGCUUUUUAUUUUGAAAAAAAUGUAUCUUAUGAAAGGCAUUAAUACAAGUCUCUGAUCUUGAUCCAGUUUAUAUGGGGAAAGCAAGAGAUGUAGCACUCAGUGUAAAUGUCUGUCUGUCAGGUUUAAUCCAUAAGAUCCUAUCUAUGCACCAGAAUAUUGGACGCUAAAGAAUUUUUUCUAUCUUGUUGGGAAAGAGGCAGGUGAAAGGGUUAGAGAUGAAGUGGCAGUAAUACGGACUAGAUUGGAAAGGUGAAUGAUUAUGUAACAGAAAAUAAUAACAGUACCUGAGAGGGAAGGAUGGCUGCAGAUAGGGACACACAUGUAAGAAGAACCAGCCGUGUUCACUUAAACAAUAACAUACCAUGAACCCAAUACAAGAAACUUCCUUGUGAGAGAAGAGCUGCUUGGUUGCAUGUUACCACAGUGGCAUGGAAGCUGUCUUGUCUUUUAAGCAGGAGAGGGGAGAGACCUACCCAAUGAAGUUCUAUUAUACAGAGAAGACUAGUUCUUUAUAUAUAUAUUUUAAUAUAACACGGGAUGCGGAGGCAGAGUUGCAUCUGCACAGAAUAUUGAUGAAUGGGCAUUGUUUUAGUUUCUCCCCUUCUCUCUCCCCCCCCCCCCCCCACUUAUGUUAGACCUAAGCGUUAAGAUAUUGGAAAUUAUCUUUCUGAACAAACAAGGGACUGAGUGGGGCUGAACGUUGUUACUGUAGUAUCAUUUAUCAUGUUUCAGGUUAUAAACUUAAAUGAAAAUCAGAUGGUCCUAUGGUUUUGUUCUUUUAGUUACACAAAUGGCUUUAUAUAGUCAGAGAAUUUGGGAUUUAUAGUAUCUUAUUUUGACAGUAAAACUUUUUAAGCCAAGUCCUCAGCUGCUGUACGAUCAGUUAAGCUCCAUUGAAGUCACUGGCUUAAUAGUACAAUUUAAACCAAGGGAUUGAACCCUACCAUGAUUCAGUCAAUCUUAUAAUUAAAGUUUAGAAAAGUUAGUGUAAGCAUUUACUAGUAAGUCAAUGUUUCUAUUUUUAUUUUUUUUUGUCAUAACAAACAAAGAUCCACAGAGCAGAAUUCUAAAGCUGGUGCCUGCUUCUCCACAUGUAUACUGGUGUAGGUCGGGAGGGUUGAGUGAAGAGAAUAAGGCCCAGAAACAUUAUAUUUUGUAAUUGUUUUCAUAUUCCUUUGAUAAUAAAACAGCAGCAGAGUUGAAUGGAAAGGUGCUAUGGAAACCAUUAUUGCUACUGUAAAGCAACUGCCCGUAAGUUAGGUCAAACCUUUUUUCAUUCUGAACCAAAUGAUGGUGAAGAUAAAGUAAUUUUUUACACCAUAACGUGUUCUUUUUUUCUACAGAGUAUGUGCUGGAUCUAGGGUGACCAGAUGUCCCGAUUUUAUAAGGACAGUCCCGAUUUUUGGGUCUUUUUUCUCAUACAGGCUCCUAUUUCCCCCCCCCCCACCACCACCCCCGUCCCGAUUUUUCACACUUGCUGUCUGGUCGUCCUAGCUGGAUCACAUGCACAAACACUCUCCCCCACCCCCAUACUAUCCUGUUUGUUGUGAAGUCCUCCUUUCCAGGAGUUUUCUGACUUUAAAAACAGGCUGUGACAGAAGUAUAAGUAUUCAAAAAGCAUAUGUAUUUGUAAUUCUAUUGAAACAAUUUAAUUUUUUACAAUAUUUCACUAUUAUUUCAAUUUGUGAAAUUACAUUUAUUUUACUGAAUUCACACUGUCUACUUGUCUCAAUACAGUAAAUAUGCUAGUGGGACAGUUGUACUGUUGACCAUCACUGAGCGUGACAUACAUAAAUGUUGGGGCUACGGAGUAAUAGGAUGUUAAUUACAACUUGUAUUCUGAUAACACUAUUAGAAUGUAACUUUUUGGGGAGGGUGGGUUGACUAUGAAAAUGAAUGCUGGGGUGUUUUGGGGGGCUGGGAGAGUUUAAAAUGUCUUUUGAAUAUGGGAAAAUGGGUGAUGAAACAAACUGUUUCUUAAUACACUGCAUCCAUGUAUGUGCUAAUACUUUAACUUUUUUAUUUACUUUCUAAUUUUAUGUUAUGAUGUGUGAGCAGUUGUUUUUAAUUUAGGUUAUUUUGCAUACAGAGGGUAUGCAUCAGAAUCAAUCAGAUCAAACUAUUGUACCCAGAGUUUGGUUCUGGUUUUUAUUUCUUUGAUCUUAUACAAGAGAAAAUAAAUAAAUGAAUGAAA